UUGAGACUUUCAGUGCUCAUUCCCGCCAUUUAAAGUCCUCCCUCCGUCUGUCUCUCGUUCUUUGUUUCUGCUACGGAUAUUAACAAUCACCGUUCAUUGAAAAUCCAGGGCUUCAAUUUUCUUCCAAUGGCGAAACCUAAAGAAGAAGAAGAAGAAAAAGAAGAAGAGAAGCCAGACGGCCUUGAAAUAAUUUCUGUUGGAUCUCUAUACAGUGGACCCUGGGACAAGAAGUAUUGGAGCUCCUCUAGGGGUAAAGAUCGCUAUCCUUAUCCAGUGGGAUAUCAAGCUCGCCGAGCUUAUAAUGGGGGCACUUAUAAGAUGGAAAUUCAGGAAGGUCAUAAAGGGCCUUUGUUUGUGAUUACUUCUGCUGAUGGACACUUGUGUUCUGGGCAAACAGCAGACAUUGCUUGGGACAAAUUUCAGAAGAAAGGUUGCCCACGAAUGAAGAUCUGGCACGGCAAAAGAUUUUUGUGCAAGAUAGAUGGUAUAGAGUUCUUUGGGUUCAGAAAUCCAUUUGUGCAAAGGUUACUUCGGGAACUGGUGGCAAAUGUCAAUGGAGUAGCAGAACACAGUUUGUUACCUUCUGGGACCUGCAAUGGGGCUUCCAAUAUGGAGCAUAAUAAUCAAUGUCAGGAUUCACACACUUGUUCUGACCUGUUACCGUAUUUGUCAAGACCACAAGUUACGGGGAAAAGAAGUAAGAGGUUUAAAAUUAUAGAUCCCAAGUCUUUAGGUAUUGAUGGUCUUAAAAGACUGCGUGCUGGAAACCUGAAAUGCAUUGUUGAGCCAUCAAAUUCAAUAAAUGGGAAUCCUAAGCAAGGCAGUUCCUCAUCUCCCUCUACUUGUAGUUUUCAUCUGAAGGAUGACUCUUGUAGACUUCUAGGAGCAUCAUCUACAGGAGUGCAAUCAGAUUAUGCAACUGGAGGAGAAAAUAGUCACUUAGCCAAAGAUGGUCUGUCCUCGAAGUCUGUUGACUAUUCUGAUCAUCUUGGGGAGAAAACUGUCCCUGUCUAUGAAGAAAGCAAGCUUGCUAGUUCUGAAGAUAAUAAAUCCACUGUAGUCCAAAAAUUUAGUGCAGAAGAAAAUCCUCUUGAUAGGGUGCGAGAAAGUGAAUUGGAAGGGUUCAAUUUUCCAGCAUCAAUGGAGAUCAAAGCUUUAGGUGCACUAUGUCCAGAAGAAUCUCCAAGCGUCCAUGAUAUUGAUCUAUGGGCUCCUGACACACUAGACUUUGUGCAAGAUACUGCCAAUUCUGGUCCUAGAUCUUGCGAUAAAUUUACUCGUGUCAUUAAGGAAGAGAUAAUGGCAACCGAAGUGGCUGAUUCUGAAGAAUUGGCGAAUAAACCAUACCCAAAGGAAGAAAUGGGCACAUCCAGUUCACAUUUGAGUUCUGAAAGGAGCGAUUUCGAUUCAGUUGGACAAGAUAUUGCCAAGUCAAUGAUGACAGUUCUACUUCCACAAGCUAUUCCUCUGCUCAAGAAAACCUCAAGCAAGAAAAAGAGAAUAGUUAGCCCCCCAGAAAAUUUGCCUUCUAUACCUGCACUUCAUGAAGAAAAUAAUGAAACUGGCUUCUUUGUGGAGGCUCAAUUUGCUGGUGUAGAUCACUCUGUCCUAAAAAGUUCUGAAUUUACCAAGUCUAAUGUUCUUGACACCUUAGAUGACGAACAACGGGAGGAUCAUAUAAUGGACCAACUAAUAUUACCUUCCAAUAAUGUGGAAGCUGAUCAACCUAGUUUUGGUAAAGAUGCAUAUCAUCCCGAGAUUGAGAAACAGCUCAUUAACAUCAAUGUAAAGGAGUCAUGGGUUUCUCAUGUUGAGACUAGAGGGGGUAGAGAUAUAUUACAUGAUGAUAAAAUGCAAAUGAAUUUGAGUAAAAGGUCCCAGGACGGUGAUCUACAAUUCUCUGAGUCUAUUUUAGGUUGCAUGUCUAUCUGCAAGAAAGUUCCCUCUGAAGUAAACCAGGAUGUUUGCAAAAAUCUGGUUGAAAAUUCAUUAGGUGGUGAGAUCCAUUCUGACGACUUCAAAGCUGCAUCUCAUUGUAAUGAAGCUGUAGGUACAAGUGAUGCUAGUGCCGGAGCCUUGGGAAGUUCUGUGCACUUAUUAAGGAAGGAUACUGUUACUAAUACUGGGGCUUCUGGAAUCGGCAAUAUAUCCAUUAGUCAACCAAAAAAGGUAUAUACCAGAAAAAAAGUCCCAAAUACAGACCCUAUGGUAAGAAAACAUAGUCCUUCACUUUUAGAAAGUGUUGGAUGUGGAAAAUUUGUAGAUGGUUAUAUCCCAGAAACUACAGGAGCUUUGCUUCAAUCAGAGCCGUCCUAUACGAGCUUUUCUGUCGACAGACUACAUAAAAAGGAAUUGUUAAGUGCUGAUACGAGGGUUGGAGAGCAGUUCCAUGAUUUGCAUACAGACAAAACUACUAUAACAUCCAACCCUGUGUUUGAUAGCCAUGCACAUUUGAUAUCACAAACUCAAAAAUCUGACUGCCCUUCAGAAGGCCAGAAUACAUCAAAUCUUUUUGUUCGAUCUACAGAAAAACCCAAACCACAUUUUAAAGUGGGGCUGGUUGGGGAUGAAACUACUUCAGAUGCUAAUAAUCCUGGAUCUGAGAAACAAGGAACAUUAUUCUGUCACAAUAAGACACUCAUUUCUAAGGAAGUUCAAGGCAGUUCAGAACUGAAGAAACAGAGGAAUUUGGAGCUUAACAAUGAAUUGGAGGAUGCUGUUGAGUUUCUGGGAUGCUACUUCCACCCCAUGCCUGUUCUGUUACUGUUGCUGAGCAGAAAAGGGAAUGAAAUCUAUAUUUGUGCUGUGUGUGGCCUUCCGGUAGAUAAGAACAGAACUCUGUUUCUUUACAAGUUAGCAGUUGAAGAGCCAAAAAUAGGAUGCCCAUAUUUUGUAGGUCACACGUCAGUAGCCUGGCCAUCUUCAACAGAUAUUUUUGGUAGAGAAAUUGCAUUUGAAAGAUCUGGUUUGCAACUGACACCAGAUGGAAAAUGUCUUGUUUUACUUGGCAACACAAGGACACCCUAUUGCAGGGAAGGAAGAAUAGAUUGUCUAUGCUCAACAUGUACAACAGACUGCAAUGAGAACAGUACAGUGAAGAUUGUACAAGUACAAGAUGGAUAUGUUUCAGUCCUACUAAAAUUGAGAACAACUGACAGUUUGCAAUGCAUAUUGGUGUGUGAACCUGACCAUAUCAUUGCUGCUGGAGAGAGUAGGGGACUAAAUUUGUGGACCAUGAAUUCAACAUGGAGUGCUCCAACAGAAGAGUUCACCAUAACAUCUAACGAUUACAUAUCUCCUUGCAUUAUGGAGUUGAAGAGAAUUCCGGAAUGUGCUUCUCUAGUUAUUGGGCAUAAUGGCUUUGGGGAAUUCACUUUAUGGGAUAUUUCAAGACGUAUCUUUGUCUCAAGAUUCUCUACUCCAGGCACUUCAGUUUGUCAAUUCUGUCCUAUCAGUUGGUUUAGUUGGCAAAGAGAAGUCCAUGCUUCCAAUUACCCUAAUGUUGCAGCUCACAUAAAUAGACUCAUUGAUGCAACAAAAGUUCAGUUUUCAGAACACAGCAAGAACCAUUCCUUUCCUCCUUUAAAGGGGGAAGAUGUUGCCAUCUGGUGUCUUGUCUCAACUGCCCUCAACACUGAUGCUCAGCAUAAGUAUGAAUCAAGUGCUUCCCAGAUAAAUCCAAUUGGAUGGUGGAGGCUAGCUCUAUUGGUGAAAAAUACAAUAAUCUUGGGAAGUGCAUUAGAUACAAGGGUUUCUGCCAUUGGUACAUCAGCUGGUCAUGGAAUCAUUGGUACACUUGAUGGACUUGUGUAUAUGUGGGAAUUAUUGACAGGAGACAAACUUGGCACUCUGCAUAAAUUCAAAGGCGGAAGCGUUUCGUGCAUUGCUGCGGAUGAUUCAGGGUCAGGUGUGGUGGCAGUGGCAGAUGAAAGUGGUCAGUUACUGGUUUAUCAUAAAUUAAAGAGAUGAGCAAACCAGGUCAUUUCUUCUCUUUCCUGAUAUUCACAUCUGGUUAGCUCAUGACCUGCUGGAGAAGUUGUUUACAAUUGAUAACCUGACAAGGUUUUCCGAUUGCCUUUGAUCAUAAAACAAAUGUGAAAAGUCUUCCUUUUGCUUUUUCUUUAUACAGGCAGACCAUGAUAAAAAGGAUACAUCUAUAUAAAAUGGUAAAUGAAGAUUAAUGAAUCAGUUUCAAUAAAGAAUCCAUUUGCAAAUA